CUCUUUUGACCUUCUUAAAAUCAGUCCUUAAAAUUAGAUUCUCUCCAAAAACAGAUUGAACAGAGUUUUGAUUCAACAGAGUCUCUCUCUGUCGCGAAACGUUGCUUCCUGGGAGAACUAUAAAGUUAACAAAUUUCUCCACGAAACCAUAGAGUCACAUCCUCAUGAGUGUUUUGUGAGCUGCGAUGAUCGUGUGAUUUUCAAAUCCCUAACUUUUCGAAAUUCCCAAAACCCUCAAAUAAUCUGAGUGUGACCCAUUAAUCCAUGGCGAUGUCUCUCCGUUCCACUCCAUUCAUCUCUCUCCGUACGAGAAAAAGCUUUAACCUUUCUCCGAGAAUUCUCGCCCUUAGGUUAUCAUGCUGCUCUGGUGGGUCUUCUCAAAAUCAGAACUUUUCUACAGAUUCCGAGAACAAGAGAUCAUUCGCUGUUGCCACCGGUGAGCUUUUCAUCGGAAUCGCGUCGAGGCUUUUGAAGAGUUCUAAUCAAAAGACGCCGCCGAUUGAUGAUGGUGAUAGAAUAGCUAGUGUAAUUGAGGAUGAGAUUGAGCCAGCGAUGAUAUGGGAACAAAGGGUUAAAGAUGUUGAAGCGGAGAAAGAGAGGAGAGUCAUUACAAGUCCUGGGUUUAGUUUCUCUGCUGCUGGUCUUUUGUUUCCUUAUCAUCUUGGAGUUGCUCAGUUGCUUAUUGAAAAGGGUUACAUAAAGGAAACUACUCCUUUAGCAGGAUCUUCUGCUGGUGCUAUAGUCUGUGCUGUGAUAACCUCAGGAGCUACUAUGCGAGAAGCCCUUGAAGCUACUAAGGAACUUGCUUAUGAUUGUCGACGCAAUGGCACUGCUUUCCGUCUUGGGGCUGUCCUUAGAGAAUCCAUGGAGAGGUUACUGCCCGAUGAUAUUCACAUUAGGUCCAACGGGAGAAUUCGUGUUGCCAUCACUCAAGUGUUUUGGAGACCUAGAGGUCUUCUAGUGGAUCAGUUCGACUCCAAAAGCGACUUGAUAGAUGCAGUUUUCACAUCUUCUUUUAUUCCAGGAUAUCUUGCACCAAGGCCUGCAACAAUGUUCCGUAAUCGACUUUGUGUUGAUGGAGGCUUGACAUUGUUUAUGCCACCAACAGCUGCUGCUAAAACAGUAUGAUCACAAUUGUUGUGUUGUUCUGUUCCCAUUCUCUCUUUCUAAUGCGUCUGCUCCUUCAGAGUGUGUGGCAUUUUAAAAAGUUUGGAAGCCCUUUCAUAUGUUCAUCCAUCUUGACUUCUGAACAUGUUCCAUGGAGCUUAAUGAACUUAUUGUAUAAAUCUUUCUCAGGUUCGAGUUUGUGCUUUUUCCGCUAGUAACUUCAAACUAAAGGGUAUUGAGAUCUGCCCAGAUUGCAACCCUUUAAACAGAGCAACAUCUAGACAACUAUUGAAUUGGGCACUUGAGCCAGCAGAGGACGAGGUGUUGGAGAGGCUGUUUGAGUUAGGAUACGCAGAUGCAGCUACAUGGGCUGAGAUGAAUCCAGUUGAGGGAUUGGUCUAUGACGAUACUCCUACAGCUCAAGAGAUUCCUACUAGCUAAGAACUCACGAACUCAAUACUAUAUAACAGUACCAUAUAUUAUCGCGGUACAAAAUAUUCAGAUAGUUUUCCAGAAGCUGGCUUUAAAGUCACAGAAAGUUGUAGUUCUUAGAUCAAACAAAGUAAAUGGUACAUCACUUUUAGUCGGAGUUCAUACACUUGUUCAUCAAAAUAACAUGUGCUUCGAGGAGUCGCUGUUAAGACCAAACCAUUCUCAAUAGAGUUGUCCACAAAUUUAUUCAAAC